AUGGGACGAAAUAGCGUGCGGUCGGACUGUCUCGUGAAUAACCGCGGCGUGGUGACCAUCACCGGAAGCCAGUGUGGGAACGGGAUCGUGGAGGAAGGCGAGGACUGCGAUUGCGGGGGAGAAGCUUCAUGCAGAGGCAACCCUUGCUGCGAUGCCCGAACAUGCAAGUUUAAAGCUAAUGCGGUCUGCGACGAUUCAAACGAGGAAUGCUGCGAAAAUUGCCAGUAUAAAUCCAGCGAGAGUGUUUGCAGGGCUAGCACUGGCCCUUGUGAUCCUGAGGAAAAGUGUACUGGCAAGUCCCCUAAUUGCCCUCCGGACAAAAACAAACCGGAUGGAGAGUCAUGUGGGAACGGUCUCGCCUGUGCCAGUGGACAAUGCACGAGCAGAGACCGCCAAUGCCAAAUGUUGAUGGGUAGUCUGCUCGGCGGCAACGACACGUACUCUUGCGAUGACCGGACGUGCACCUUGACGUGUUCGUCACCAUCCCUACCCCCUAACACCUGCUCGUCACUCAACCAGAACUUCCUUGAUGGAACCCCCUGUACUGCUGGUGGGCGGUGUAAAAACGGCGUCUGCGAAGGCUCGUCGUUUGGAAGAGAAGUCAAGUCCUGGAUCGACAACAAUAGAAGCCUCGUUAUCGGUCUUGCAGCCGGUAUUGGCGGUCUGCUCCUCCUUUCAAUCCUAAGCUGUAUAGUAAGACGAUGUCGAACACGUCGACGCCCCAAGUCGAUGGCCCCAAUGACGCAAGGAGCAGUUUUUUCCCCGCCACCACCUGGGCUUUCGGGAUGGAGAGGACAACAACCGGCAGACCCUCUCAUGUCAUACCCACCGCAGCAAGGCUACGGCCCAGGGGGUCCUAUCGACCCGCCCUUCCCUCCGCCAGCAUACGGAAGUACUGCAGCAGCCCGGGGAAGAAUGCCGUCAGUUCGAUAUGCAUGA